AUGGCGCCAAAGAACGAAGGUGACGGCCUCAGCGCCUUUGAGCGCCGUCGACUGGAGAACAUCGCUGCGAACAAGGCGCUUCUGUCCGAAAUUUCUGUCACUGCGAAAAAGAUAAUACCAGACAAGCCGGUAUCGAAGUCAACUCCGCGAAAGAGAGUCAAAGCAGAACCGGUGGUUAGAGAACCUCGUCGGGGCACGCGCAUGAGCUCCCGGCUUGCUGGUGUUGCUGCCGAUGAUGAGGUCUUGAAACGGAAACUGGAGGUGGAAGCAGAGCACCAAGCCGAGCAAGUCAAGGCAAAACGGCUUCGGAUCGGCGACGAUAUGAAUCUGGGUGACAUUAUCGUGGACGGUAAAAAAUACACAAGCAGCAUGGACGGCCUAAAAGGCAUCUUUCGAGGUGCACAGCCGGGUGUACGGACCUUUGAGUACGACGCAAAGGAGGCCACAGAUGGUGACCUAAAACAAUUACGACAGCGAAUGAAUGGCUUGAAGCUCUACGAGCAUUGGAUUCCCAAUGACAUCAAAAUCACACCCCAAAGAGUGUAUGCGCUGGGUUUCCAUCCAACAGAAGACAAGCCGAUUGUGUUUGCGGGCGAUAAAGAAGGUGCCAUGGGCGUUUUCGACGCUUCUCAAACUGCUCCCGAAGUGACCGACGACGAGGAGGAUAUCCCAGAUCCUGUCAUUUCUGCGUUCAAAACGCACGCAAGGACUAUCACAUCAUUUGCCUUUUCUCAAAUUGACGUGAAUGCUGUCUAUUCAGCAUCAUAUGAUUCUUCAAUACGAAAACUGGAUUUGGAAAAGGGCGUCUCUGUCCAAGUAUUUGCCCCGGAGAACGCUCAUGAGGACUUGCCAAUCUCGGCUCUAGAAAUCCCAGCUGCAGAGCCCAACCUGCUAUAUUUUUCGACGUUAGAUGGAUCAGUGGGCCGUUAUGAUACCAGGGCGCCGGGCAGCCAAGAGCUGUGGGCUCUAUCCGAACAAAAAAUUGGAGGAUUUUCUAUGCAUCCUCUGCAUCCCUAUCUUCUGGUCACUGCAUCUCUUGAUAGAACCAUGAAGGUGUGGGAUCUCCGGAAGAUGAGUGGGAAGGGCGAUUUGAGGCACCCAACAUUGCUCGGAGAACACGAAUCCCGGUUAUCUGUCUCACAUGCUUCAUGGAGUGCAGGCGGCCAUGUCGCAACAUCUUCCUACGAUGACACGAUCAAGAUAUAUGACUUUUCUGAAGCCUCAAAGUGGAAGCCGGGUCAGAGCAUUGAGGCAAAGGUCAUGGAGCCCGCACACACCGUUCGGCAUAACAACCAAACGGGUAGAUGGGUUACCAUCUUGAAGCCACAGUGGCAGAAGAAUCCGAAAGACGGGAUCCAAAAGUUCACUAUUGGAAACAUGAACCGAUUUGUUGAUGUAUACGCUUCGGACGGGAGUCAGCUGGCGCAGCUGGGAGGAGACGGCAUUUCUGCUGUUCCGGCUGUGGCUCACUUCCAUCCAACCAUGGAUUGGGUAGCGGGAGGAACCGCAAGUGGCAAGCUGUGUCUAUGGCAGUAG